UAAAGAUCGUAAACCACUACGUCACGAUGAAAAAGGAAUCUGCAAAAGAUCAUUUUGGUUCACACCAAAUCGAAAAUUUAUCUAGAAGGUCAUGAAAAGCGGAAGAACGACAGUCACGCUACACCCACGAGGAGGUACAAAACAAAUUCUGAUAGUCCUCACAAGUCUAUCACCACUCUACUUGUAACUGAACAAUGCCAGUUUAUAUGUAUCCUGCAAUCGCAGCACCUGGACAUCGUUCUGUUGAUUAUGUCGCACAAGGUCAGCCAGAACCAUCGUCCAAUAUUCAACAAGGUUCUGUUGUUAUACCUGGAGAAAUAGUAUUCUCUUCAAUCGCGAACCUUAUUACUGGUCAUGGAACCUACCGAUCUGUUGUGAACACAGAUGAAAACGCGGCAAUUUCCGAUCCACACACACCUAAAGGUGAUGCAAACAUCCCUGCCACCAAUAUACAUACUUCCCUUACGGGACGUGUGAGAAUUGUAAACAAACUUGUAUAUGUUGAACCACCGAAAGCACGGUAUUUUGGAAAUGUUGGGGAUACUGUAGUUGGACGUAUUGUGGAGGUUGACCAACGUCGCUGGCGUGUUGACGUAAAUUCUGCUCUCCUGGCUAACUUAGCUUUGGCUAAUGUGAAACUGCCUGGAGGCGAACUUCGUCGAAAAUCGGAAGAUGAUGAACGAGCGAUGAGAUCUUUUAUGAAGGAGGGUGAUCUUAUUGUUGCUGAAGUCCACGAAGUUUACAAAGAUGGUACAUUACAACUUCAUAUGCCAGGUACUAGGACUGGUAAAUUGGGAGGUGGUUGCUUGUUGCAUAUUCCACCAAGUCUUAUCAAACGACAGAAAAUUCAUAGACAUCGUUUAGCAGUUCCACGAACUAAUACACUAGACAGUUGUUUAACAUCAGGAUCAGAUGAAGUUAUUUCUGUUGGUCUUAUUCUUGGCUGUAAUGGAUAUGCUUGGACAGGUCCUGCAAGAGCUAUGGAUAUUGGUCUUGGUUUAUCAGCACCAGUUGAAGUAGAUGAAAGUAUGUCUAAUCAAACUGAAUUGUUAGCUGAACGUAUUGCAGUUUGUCGUGUACGCAAUUGUAUAUUGGCGUUGACACAUAAUGGUAUGCCAGUAUGGGAAACAAGUGUGCUUAGUGCAUGUGAAGCCAGUUGGUUAGCUGAUCAACAAAAUGAAGAUGAGGACGAUGAAUAUCAAAUGGAAUUUGAGACUGAUAUCAGCAGUAGCCUUUCAGGUAACAAAGUUCAUAAUCGUAUUGCACGUCUUCUUCAUCCAGAAGUUGCUCAUCGUCUUGUUUCUCUUGUACAAGCUAAACUGAAGUCGAACUAUUAAUUCUAUACAGACCAGAAAAAAAAGAUAUUUUGUACAUAAAAGGCUUAUAUUUUUAAUUAUUUUAUUUACUUGUCUGCUUUAUUUGAUGGAUUUUCUACUGUUAUAUCUAUGUUAUUUGUUAACGUUUGCAAACGUGUCCUGAUGAUUCAAUUUGUAUAAUAUCUGUAGUAUAAAGUGCUUAGAGGUGUGAUCUUAACAUUUUCACUUUUGACGUUCAUUAGGGACUCAGUUUUUCGUUAGUUAAUCAUGCUGACUCAAAUCUUGAUGGUUUCUUACGAUAUUAAGAAUUUGAUUGGAGAGACUACUGAACAAUUCUCUGGUUCCUGUUAGAAUGAUAGUGCAACUUGAUCAAUUUUAUUUAUAAGCAUAGGAAUGCUAAUACAUGUGUAUUGUGUUGACAAUAUUUCAAAGAUAGUCCACUGGAUGGAUUUUAGACACAUACAAAGUAAUGGCAACGCUUGAGACAACAAUGUUCAUUCUUGUAACAUAAGUGGCCUCUACGAAAGCAUGGCAUACAGUUACCUUCAGGCCCGUGUAACCAUUCACACACUAAUCUUCCACAGCACUGGUUGUAUGGAUGAAAUGUACACGUUUCAGAGAUUUGUUUGCAAGAACCUAAAUACAUUUCAGAAAGCAUACAAGUUUUCUUCGUUAAUUGGUAGCUUUUAUAUCUUGAGUGUAUUGAAUUAAAUAAAAUCAAAUAGAACUUUAUAAGGAUUAAUAUAAUUAUCAAGAAUCAGGGUAACACACACUGCUAAUUCCAAGUUAGGGAAUGUUGUUCACAUAUCUACGGAAAAUUCAUUAAAGAAUGGAUAAGGAGCCUUUCACUCAUCAUAUUUUCUUACCUUCUCUGCAACCGUAUUCAAGCUAAAACAUAUGGAUUCUGAAAAACAGUUGUUGCAUGAGGGUUUGUAUAUUCUAGUUUACUACCUACUUCUGUGGUAUGAUGACUUAUGAUAUAAUCCGGUCACUCAAGUCAUAUUAGGCAAGUUCGGAUUUCUAUCAUGCAUCCUGAAGUUGUUAUGAAAAGUGGUG